CUGCCGGAAAUAACAAAGAAGAAUUAGAGAGAAGUAAAAAUGGCGGAGAAAAGCAGCAGGGACCACUCGGAGGAUGAUAAAGCAAAUAAAAUUGUUGCUCCCGGAGAAUCUGUAAUCGUGGUAACCAUCAAAACGCCUCAAGGAAAAGAGGAAAUUGCGAUUUCGGAGGAUUCGUCCGUCGCCCAGUUUAAACAGGAAGUAUCGAAAAGAUUCGAGGCCACGCAGGAACAACUGGUGUUGAUAUUUACUGGGAAGAUUCUAAAGGACGGCGAUACUCUGAAGCAGAAUGGUAUCAAAAACGGGCACACCGUUCAUCUUGUUAUCAAGAGCGCCCUGAAAUCAACAGGUGGUAGUGCAUCUCAGACGAGCUCCAGUUCUGCCUCACCGCAGCAAAACACCACCACCAGCAGCAGCACCAGCAGCAGCACCAGCACCAGCAGCAGUAGCAGCUCCUUCACUGUUGCAGACAGCACAAGCGGUGGCACGAGUCAGAAUCCGACACAACCUCCUGAAAUGAGCGACCUGUCCGGCUUGUUGGGUCUCAGCAUGGGCUCAUCCAACUUCAUGCAGGAGGCGCAAAGGCAGAUGAUGUCCAACCCACAGAUGAUGUCGCAGCUCAUGGGGAACCCGAUGGUCCAGAACGUGAUGUCCAACCCAGACCUGAUGAGGCAGAUGUUUGCAGGCAAUUCUCCGAUGCAGCAGCUCAUCGGACGGGACCCCGAAAUGUCUCGUAUGUUCAACAACCCUGAGCUCAUGAGACAGAUGCAGAGUCCAGAAACACUCUCGAUGCUGACCAACCCCAGAGCUAUGCAGGCCCUCGUACAGAUCCAGCAAGGCCUGCAGACAUUACAGGCGGAAGUCCCAGGAUUCAUGACCAGUUUGUCUCCACAAGGCGUCACAGUUCCUCCAACCUCAGGGGACCGUGGCCCGGCAGAGAUCCCUCCAUCCGCUGCUGCGGGGUUGGGACUGGGGUCGGGGUCCGGAUCCAGCCCCCCUGAGCAACAGCUCAUGCAGCAGAUGUUACAGAUGUUUGCAGGCGGCGGGCCAUCGCUUCAGGCGCCGGAGGUUCGUUUCCAGCCGCAGCUCGACCAGCUCAACGCCAUGGGCUUCAUCAACCGCGAAGCCAACCUGCAGGCGCUCAUCGCCACAGGGGGGGACGUCAACGCGGCCAUAGAGAGACUGCUGGCCUAACAUGCUCAGUUCGUUUAGGGGUUGAGGUUGGAAGACUAUCAGAGUUGGAGAUUGGAAUUCGAGAUUUAAAAAUAAAUAUUAAUAAAAAAGUAAUAAAUGAA